AUGUCUCGCUCCUCGCUCGAUGGCGAACUCGCAGAAAAGGGCCUCGCCGAGGUCCCUCUGCUAGAAAAUCGAGUGACCACAAAGCUCGCAAAGACAAUCGUUGCGUUCACCGAUUUCCUACGACAUUCAGUCUGGCCCGGAUCUCGCAGGCCAACAAGGCAGACAUCAUUGAAAAGCACGGCGUAUCUCGAUGGCCUCAGAGGUUUUGCGGCCUUGCUAGUCUACAUAUUGCACCAUCAAGGCUGGGGUCACUCGAAUGUCGAAGGCAGCGAGUCAAUCUUGGGAGAUGCCUUUGGCUGGAACGGGCAGUACUAUUGCGUCGGGUUUCCUGGAAUUCGUCUUCUCUUUACAGGUGGGCACGCAGCCGUCCCCAUAUUUUUCGUGACUUCGGGCUACGUCCUGUCUCACAAAUCACUAUCGUUUAUCCACGCAGGGGACCUACUCCAGAUGGCCGAAAACCUGGGAUCUGCUAUGUUCCGGCGAUGGUUGCGACUCUAUCUACCCAUCCUUGCGACCACCUUCAUCUGGAUCACACUGUGGCAUGUUUUCGGCCUUCGGCACACCGACAACCUCAGUGACCCACCCGAAUCCAACUUCAGGGACGAGAUCUGGAAGUGGUACUGCGACUUUAAGAAUUUUAGUUUCAUCUUCGAGAAUGAGCCGUGGAACGGAUACAACAGCCCGUUAUGGACCAUUCCGAAGGAGUUUCGUGGUUCCAUCGUCAUCUGGACCGCCCUACUCGCCUUUGGGCGCUUCUCGAGAAAUGCCCGCCUGUGUUGCGAGGCAGGUCUGGCCUUCUACUUCCUCUACAUCGUGGAUGGAUGGUAUUGUGCUGCCUUUGCCAUAGGAUUGCUUCUCUGCGACCUAGAUCUGCUCGCUCAAAGGAACAAUCUACCCUCGUUGUUUUAUCGGCUCGAACGGUGGCGAGGCCGGAUUUUUCUGAUUCUGUUCCUAGCCGGCGUCUACUUGAGCGGAGUUCCCUGCUCCAGCAGCGACAUUGAGCACUUAAAGGAGUCUCCCGGAUGGUACUAUCUCUCAUUUCUCAAGCCGCAAGCCGUCUUUGAUUUCCGCAACUUCUACCGCGUGGUUGGUGCGACUUUCAUCAUGGCUGCCAUACCCCGACUGCCCUCUCUUAAAGGAUUCCUCGAGCUAUCAUUCUGCCAGUACCUAGGCCGAAUCUCAUAUGCCUUCUACCUAGUUCAUGGACCCAUCCACUGGGCAAUUGGUGAUCGACUCUACGCCGCAGUAGGCCGGGUACGCGGGGCCCACAUGGACAUGGCACCUGCAUGGAUAAACCGCUUCACUCUGCCCAAUUACGGCCCGUUUGGGUUAGAAGUGAAUUUUCUCAUUCCACAUUUGGCCCUGGUGCCUAUGACUUUCUGGAUCGCAGAAAUUUGCACUAGGCUAUUCGACGAGCCAAGUACCAAGGCUGCACAGUACUUGUACAACGUUUUGUUGGACAAUAGCAGUGUCUUGGAGAAGCGGUAG